AUGGAAAACUCUCCGGACAGAAAUGACCAACAGCAGCUGGCAGAACAGCACAGUGUAUUCUCCCCUGCUGUGGUAGAGGAGGCCCUGGAGGAGGCCAGGCCUGAAAGCACCUUUCACCGCCUGCUUGUCUCCAGCAAGAUCUCUCAGACACCAGCAGAAAAACCUCCAGAGAGACCAGACCUGCAAGCAAACCUCAUCAUACAGAAAAAGGCCUUAGAGCAUUAUUCCAGUGGGAAAAAGGCGAUGGAAAGGUUCCAGUAUGAAAAGGCUGUGAUCUGCUUCUCCAAAGCCAUGAACCUGGAGCCAAAACAGACCCAGCUGCAUGUGAGCCAGGCCGAGGCUUACCUGCAGCUCUGUGACUUCCAAUCGGCAGUUGCCUCUUAUAAGCAAGCCUGCCUCCUGGAACCUGGAGCCUUCAACAACCGACUGGCUUUCAUCUACUACCUCCAGGGCCAAUGUUUGUUCGACCGAGGCCUUUUCAUUGAAGCCCUGGAGUCCUUCACCAAGGCCGCUGAGCUGAAGCCCGGCAGCAGAGUGUACCAGAUGAGGAGCCUGGCCUGUCUGUCAGCUAUGGGAUGUUACAGUGAAUGUGUGAAGCUGCUGAAUGACUGGAUUGCGUCGUGGGACAGUCCUAAUGCUGACCUCUACACCAUGAGAGCCCGACUGCACCAGCAGCUACACCAGAUGGUCCUGUGUUACCACGACGUGAAGUCAGCCCUGGCGUUGAACCCGGUGUGUCCGCAGGCCUCCGCCCUGCUGCUGCAGCUGCAGGAGCGUGCUGAGAAAGCCAGGCAGGAGGCCGUCAACCGGGCGCUGAGUGGCCGGCUGCCUGACGCCCUCACCAAGAUCAACACUGCCCUGCAGCACUGCCCGCAGGACGGACACCUCUACCUGUUCAGAGGGACUCUGUACCGGCGUUUGAAAGACUUCACAGCAGCCAUAGAGGAUCUGGUCCUGGCUGUGGAGCUCAGUGAGAAGCAGGAGGAGGAGGAGGAGGAGGGUAGGGUGCAGGCAGAGCUCAGUGGCAACCAGGAGGACCGGUGGUCUGUGGAGGCCCGGGCCCAGCUGGUGCUCACCUACAACGAUUUUGCUGUGGAGUGUUUUGGCAGAGGUCUCUACUCUGAAGCCAUUCUGCUGCUCAACAAGGCCAUUGAAGAGGAGAAGGGCAAGGGCGGCCUGUACCUUAACCGAGGAGACUGCUUCUUUAAGCAAGGCGAAUGGGUUUUUGCACUGGCUGACUACCAGCAGGCAGAGGAGAUGAUGAAGCCUGAGGAGCCGGCUGUGCGGCUUCGCCUCGCUAUCCUGCAUAACACACUAGGCUCGCAGAGCUUCCAGGAGGGGCGUUUCCAGGAGGCAGCUGACAGCUUCUCUCUGGCCAUCCACUACAACCCCAGAGCCAGUCAGUACUACCACAGCAGAGCCAAGGCUUUCAACAAGCUGCUCAACCUGCAGGGGGCCAAACACGACCUGAUCAGCACCCUGAUCCUGGAGCCUACCAAUGAGGAGGUGCUGCCACUGCUGCUCUCACUGUUCCCGGGCUGUAGUGUGUCUGAUGUUGUGUCCAGUCUGAUGGGCCAGGAGAUCAGAGCGAAGCUGACAGACAUCCUGUCCUGCUGCUCCUCCUCUGAACAGCAGAGGCUGUGCAAGGAGCUUGAAAAAAUUACCCUGACCAGUGAAAUCACAGACAGCCAACCUGCCAGCCAAUCAGAAGGCGCAUCUGAACCAGAGAAAGAAGUGAAGCCGUGUUAAGCAACAGGAGCUGCAGGCGAGGGUGAAGGGCGCUCUGCAGCAGGUCAAGGUAGCAGGUCAACCGUUACUCCAUCACCGGGCCUGACAUCACUUCGUCCCUUCCACCUUUAGAGACAAAGACAAGUUGAACGACUGGAAGAGAUUUGCAGGGGAAGAUCUCACACUCUGAGAAGUGAUAGGUGGGAUGUUUAUCCAAUGUGCCCAACACCUGAUUUCUUUACAUAGUACCUCUCAUACGUGAUUAUUCUUGGGUCAUGUGAUUUUUGUUCCAUCCAUCAGUUUAGACUUUUCUACUCUUUACUGUUCUCUUAAAGUCA